UUUUCCGCCCUGGGCCCGGAAGGGUGAUGUGGCUGGGGCUCCGCCGGCCUCACUAUGUCUGCCAUUUUCAAUUUUCAGAGUCUGUUGACUGUAAUCUUGCUGCUUAUAUGUACCUGUGCUUAUAUCCGGUCGUUGGCACCAAGCCUCCUGGACAGAAAUAAAACUGGACUGUUGGGUAUAUUUUGGAAGUGUGCCAGAAUUGGUGAGCGGAAGAGUCCUUACGUUGCGGUAUGCUGUAUAGUGAUGGCCUUCAGCAUCCUCUUCAUGCAGUAGCUUGGAAAGUACCUGGAUUUAACUCCCAUCAGAUUUCAGUAUAAAAAGGGGACUUAUCUUGAAAAUAAUGGAAAGAAUGGUUAACUUUAUCUCUCAACAUUGAAUGAGAUAAAUUCCCAGCUGCUGUUCUCCAUUUCGUUAUUGGACCAAUGUUCUGUAUAAUUAGGAUGUAACCAUUUAAUACUCAAAGAGUUUGUAACAAUCAAUCUCAGUACUGUCACUACAAUGUUAUAUUCUGUAAAUGUCAUUUUGUCCUGUCUGAUACCAGUUUUUAGUGAGGUAUCUCUAAGUCACAUAGUAGAAAAAAAUUGGUAAAUUAUUCAAGUUCCUUUCACUGUGAUUUGGAAGUGAUAUAUCUUUAUAGAAUGAGACCGUAUAUUGGACUAGCUUUUUUUAUUGAAAAAAAAGGUUCAAUUUAUGUUGAUAAGGAUUGUGCUUUUUUAAUAAUACUUGCUUUACCUCUGGUCAUACCAUUUUGAGCAUAAACCAGAGUACCUCUACUCUUAAUGAACUCUGUAGUUUAUUACAGGUUUUUAAACUAUUUAAAAUAAGCCUAUGCCAUUCUAAGGAAGAAGACAAAUGAAAUUGAGUAUUGUGGGGAAAGUGUGUGUAUUUAACAUAAAAGGAUUUAGAAUAACCGAUUGUUGUAGUAGCUUCUGCACCCUCUCUAGUUAAGUAUGGAUAAAUGUCUUAAGCAUAAAUUUGACCAGCUAACUCAUUCUCUAAAUAAAACUACAGUCUUAGAAUGAAAAGAGCAAAGUAGAACAAUUACAAAAUGAUAAUCCUGUAUGUGUUUUUUUCUUUUUCUUUUUAGACUCAGGUCUCCGCUUAUUUUAAUUGCCCUAAAAUGCAAACUGUACUGUUGUUUUUUAAUACAACACUUUGAAUCUAGUUUAUUUUUUGUCUGUCAACUUGAACUGGAAUCUCUUAUGUAACUUAAUAGGUAAUGAUAGUUUUCAGAUCUACUGACCAUCUUAGCUAAAAAUUGCCCGUUAUAUAUAGUAUUAUUUGGAUGUUGUUCUCAGCUAUUAGUUCCCCAUAAAGGUAAAAAAAAAAACUUUUUUUUUUUUUUUUUUAAAGAAAAGAGAAUUAUUUUAAAAUGAGUCUGCUAGUAGCUCUUUCUACAGAAACAAGGUAAAGAACUGAAAGCCAGCUAUUUUUAAAACUAAACUACUUGGAAAGAAUUCUAGGAAACAUCUAAGAAAAACUGGGUAUGCGUUGCUGUCUUUUUUUUUCUUCCCAAAACAAAAGCUGCUGUAAGCUGUGACUAUAUUUGUUUUUACAUUUUUUGCUUAUCUAAAGCUGGUUAAAUAAAAGUGGUAUAUUUUGCUGUAGACAGAGAAUCAGGGUAUGAGAAUUGUUCCUACUCUGAACUGUCUCUUGGGCUUUGUAUUAAGUCAAGGAUUUUCAGGAUAUCCCCCAAAUAGUACUCUUAUCAGCAUAUAUACGCAGAGUAAGUUACCUUUCUGGGUCUGGUUUCUUAGUGGCCAUCUGUUGUUCAAUUCUGCUGCCAACUAGAUUUUCCAAAAGCUUUGUCGACUAACUUUUUAUGUGCUACAUAAAUCUAAUAUUUUAAAAAGACAAAUAUUCUAGAUAAUCAAUUCUAAGACAUUUCUUUAAGUAGGCAUUUUGGAGGGUGUAGGUGGAAGAUAGAGGAAGAAAUAAUUUCUCUGGAAAAUUUGUGGUAAUAUCUAAAAAUUUGCCCUCUUAUAGAUUCUGAACAGAGUGGGAGGCAGCUUAUUUCUGACCCCAGCCGUUUUGACCUUUUCAACACAAGCUCUUUGGGAGGUGGGGGAAAGACAUAGGAUUCUAUGAAUAAAAGCAGUUAGCACUUUCUUGAAUGUAUUGUUUUCAAGUGGUUCCCACUGACUCCUGUUCUGUAACGAAAGGGGCAGUGCAGGUAGUUUUGAGCCUGCAAAAUAUGCAGAUAUCCCGUGGCCUCAGUGGGGAGGUCUGGGUCAGUUUAGGCAUCAGAUGGCUGCCUCUGUCACCAGUCUUACUGCGGGGGUGCAGGGUGGGGUGAUGGCACUGCAGUCCACAGAUGUCUAGGUUCAGAUACUCUCCCUCACCUUACUGGCUCCAGAAUCUUUGAUUCCAUCUCUCCUAGAAUUUGUCUUGUACUGAAAAUCAGUUCCUGGUUGGCCUGAGCUGUGCCAGUGGCAGGAGUGUCUUCUCCCUCAGCAGUCUUAAAGAUGGCCAAAGGGCCACAUGGUGCGCUGAAUCCCUUCUGUGGCUUCAAGUUGAGAAUCAAGUCCAGUGUCUUCGCAGUACCUGUGCUGCUCGUCCAGGCGCUGUCCUGAAUGCUCUUACAUAUUCAAAUUCAAAAUAGUCCUUUAGUACUAGGGAUAAUAGUAAUAUGUAAUUUGUAAUAGGCUCUUUCAUCUUAGUGAUGUGCAGACCAGCCUUAGGACAAAAUAGAAGUUUGAAUGAACUAACUUCUCCAAGUUUACAAAGUCAAAAAUGAACAGUUCUCUGCUUAGUUUUGUGAAAAGACCUAGGACUUGUAAACAGAAUAUUUAUAUUUCAGUAUUCUUUCAAGAAGCAUUUAUAGAGUGCAUAUGGUAUAUCACUGAAGAUAGACAGGUACACAAUUCUUCCCCUCUAGUAGUCACAAAGUGGCAGUGGAUGGGAGAGCAUUUAUUAUUGAGAUAAUCCCAGAAUUCUAGAAGAAAAUAAGGGUGACAGACAACUCAGUCAAGGAUAUGAACUUCUUUCUGAAGAAGCAGUGCUUGAGCUGAAUCUAAGAACCAUGUGCAAAAGCACCAGGGAUAUAUUGACUAUAACUACCCAGCUUAUGCCACCUGGGGAUUAGUAAAACAAGCCUAGAAAGGUGAGCGGAGAUUAGAUCCUAGAGGGUCUGUAUUUUUCUCAUCUGUUACCUACCUCAAAAUUGAAGUUGAAUAUGUGUUCCCUCCUGCCUGACCAAAAAAAGCUACAACAUAAAAAUAAAAUCCUUCCUUGGUGAAUAUAUAAACAAACUAAUUUGGCCCAGGACUACAAUAGCAUACUCUCCAGAGACUGACCUGCUAAGUGUAUCAAGCCCAGGCAACCAGGUCAGAUGCUUUUAGGACCUCGGUCACCCAUCCUCCAUCAGUGCCAGAGCAGCCAUGGUUGUUAAAACAUCUGUGCAAGAAGCAGACCUUCCCUUGGUGCACACAAAGGGCGUACAAUAAGCAAGGACUUACACUCUUUUCAAAGCCUUUGAGAAAUUAUUGGAUCGUAGGAAGCUAAAAACGAAUGGAAGAUUCUUAGGGACUGCUCUUUUCUGUCUUUGCAUUCAGUGACAGAUGUUCAGAAUAUAAGUAGCUGAGCAUAGCAAGUACUUGACUAACAUCAUUUCGUUAUAAUGCUGAUGAGAUGCCUUAGGAACCUAACUGGUUUAUUUCAAUUAGCCUGUGGUGAAAUUGGUUUUAUUGCAAUCGUUUUAUGGAAAGUCACAGAACCUAUUCACCUUAAAUGAGAACUUAACUAAAAUAGCAUUGUGAGUACUAUACAGCCUUGUUCUCAACAGCAAUGAGCAAGUUACACUAGCUUUCAAAACUAGCUUCAUUUAUAUACCGCCUUCCAUGGCGUUUUCUUUUACUUUGCCCUAAAUUAACCCCAAAGUUUUCUGCAAUGCCACUCCAAUAUCAGAAAGGGGGGAGGGGUGGAAAUACAUUUCCUGUGAUUUUAAGAGUACAGUUAAUCAUCCUACUCCAGUUAGUCCACAUGCCUAUGGUGUAUAAUAAAAAUCGAAAUGAACUCUCAA